AGCAUUCUAGGUGCAUACUAUGUAUGUUGUUGACCCUGGGGAAUCGUCUCCAGGUACUUCCUGGAAGCUUUAAAAUGUCCGUACAGAAAACUGAUACAAUGUUCCUCUCACCUCUGCCCACGCUAUCAAACUGAAGAUGAAUUUUGUAUCGACAACCACUAAUCCGAAAAAACCCCAGUGCUAUAGCAGUCAGCUCAAGCCCUUUUACCACGGAACAGCAUCGCGAUACACUAGCCCCUCUAGCGGAAAAUGCAAGCGCCUAGUUGUGCAGUCCGUGAAUCCCAGCUUGGCAAGUGAUUGGAACGAGGACGACGUUCGAUCGAACGCGCCACUAUCCACUCAGCUUGCUGGUCGGUUGACCAGGAUGAUGUUCAACCCGUCCAACGAAACAUUUUUGUGGUUGUUCAUCUGGCUCUUCUAUAUCAUCACACUGUUGUCUCCAUCCAGGGGGCCUGCGUUCAGCCAUUACUACAAGCCGUAUUUGAUGCGGUUUGUUGGCCAACUGUGGACUGCACGCUCACCAAGGGAAUACUCUCUACGGGCACGAGCAGCAGAUGAAGAUGAUGGACGCGUCCGGCGUGUUACCCACGCCCUCUACCCCCGCUUCCUCGUUGUAUAUGAUGAAAACAGAAGAGAUUGGUCAAGAAUCGAUGCCGAGGCAGUAGUGAGGCGAAAAUCAUAUGUCGCUGUCACCUACUGCUAUGACGAUGUGAUAAAUUCUGGAAGCAUGGAGGCGCUCAUAGAGCGGGUGCGGAAUGCUACCUUGGAUCAAGGUUUUAACGCGUACUGGCUAGAUCUCGAGUGCUUAUUCGAGGAUCCCGUGCAAAAGGCCCAAGACCUUUAUCGCAUGUCAGAUGUCUACCGACUCGCCUCCUUCACACUCAUCAUACUCUCCGACGAGAGCGCUUGGCCCGCUUGGGGCGCCCGCGUUUGGACCCUGCCGGAAGCUCUCCUCAGUCGCGAGCUGCGAUACCUGGCUGGAAACAGCGCAGUCACCCCCAUCAGUCUCAUCCAAAUCGCCUCUUUAGCUUACUCGCACCACGAUGAAGAAUCCCAUAUUAUCAACUCUUAUGCCCUCGGGAAGGAUCCGCUCGAGAGGUUAGAGCGCAAUCUCCAACUAAAAGAAGCAAUAUGGCGCCGACAAAGCUCCUCCUCUCAACUUACGAGUGAGGAGGGAAGUUCUCAGGGGAGAUAUCGCGCAGAAAAGGUCUACGCGCUCAUGGGAUUUUUCGAGCAUCGCAUUCUCCCAAAUGCCGAGGAGACAGAGUUGCAAGCGCUUGCGCGCUUGUUUAUGGCGAAUGACAACGACCGCAUUGCUGAUCGCAUGAUCUCGAUGUUCCCCAGAGAUCGAAGAGGUAUAGAUCAAUGGUACACCAAAGAAGACGAAUAUGGUGCCAAGCUUUGGGACAUCGAGCCCGCUGUACAGGUCAUCGGGAUUACAUCCAAUGGUUCCCUUGUGUUGGAUGGCUGCCGGGCGGCAGCGAUUAGGUGGAAGAAUUUUCCGUCCGUCGCAUUUGCUACGAGGCGUUCUAUCCGACGUAUUGUGGCACAUGCAUUGCCAUUCGUGACCUUGAUCCUCUUUUUCACGAGUUGCACCAUGAUUUCUAUCGGAAACCAGACCGCCUCUACUAGCGCAUAUGGAACUUCCUCGGGAACUUCACCCCUAGUUGCAGGCGGCGGCGUCCUGCUUGCUUUCUCACUUAUUCUGCUGAUAUUUGCGCCAAUCUUCACUACUUAUGCACACUCUGGACGAGUCGUCCUUGCUCGUCCAUGGCUAAUCGGAGUCAAAGGAGUCGUCUCUGCGCAGGAAGCCUCCGAAUAUCUCUAUGGACGUCAGAUUGGGGAUGUUCGUCGCACCCUUUACACUCCUUCAGGUUCACCUUUGGCGAGACCAAGAGAAGGUGAUUCCAAGUUCCGCGAGGGCCACGUUUCGCAGUACAAUGAGGCCCUCGCAGCCCCACCAUUUGACCCUAUUGAAGGCCACAUGUUCACCCUCGUCGACACCAUCUCAGGUACGAUCUACUAUUUCCGUGCGCACAGGCCUCCUACGGUCUGUCUUUUUACUGGAUCAGAGGGUGGACAAGGGAGGUUUGUCCUGGCCAGCGAGGAAUGCAGCAAUAGCGAGCUGCGACGUGAGACGGUGCUCCGCAUGCCGAGUUUCAUCUCUGCUUACAUGCACACUUCUGAUUGGGUUGCUCUGGGUGGUAAGCCUUAA